CGCGUCAGGCCGGGCCCCUCCCGCUCCUGCGGCGCCGCUUCCGCCGCGCCCGGGCCAAUGAGCGCCAGCGGCCCCGCGGGCCCGGCCGAGCGGGGACACUUGACAGAUAUUUGCCUCUGAAGCAUAAAUGAGAUUGAGCAGAGCACCCUACCUGCUUAUCCCCGGAAGGUGACUGGCAGGCUGGGCUCCAGAGCCACCCUAGGACCUGCUGUAGGCAUAUUUUGAUGACUUAUAGUGUAAGUGGCUGGUACCUGGCACCAGCAUUGUCCACUUGGCUCCGUGGCUGUGAGCAAUGGCAAUGGAAGAUCCUGACAGGAAGACUGAAGUGGUGCUGCUGGCCUGUGGGUCCUUCAAUCCCAUCACCAACAUGCACCUGAGGCUGUUCGAGCUGGCUAAAGACUACUUCCAUGAAACAGGAAAAUACAAAGUAAUCAAAGGCAUCAUUUCACCAGUGGGUGAUGCGUAUAAGAAGAAAGGUCUGAUCAGUGCGAAUCACCGAGUGACAAUGGCAAAACUGGCUACAAAAAACUCAGAUUGGGUGGAAGUUGAUGAUUGGGAAAGCUGCCAGAGCGAGUGGUUGGAAACGCUCAAGGUUUUAAGGUAUCAUCAUCAAAAGCUUUUAUCUGCUGAUGUCACUAAUAGUCUGCAGGAUGCUGUGCCUAUAACAAAGCUGGGACGGAAGAGAAAACAGGAACCGAACAGGCAUGAGCCCAUUAAAAAGAAAAAUCAGAGUCCAGUUGUAAAAAGUGUCCCACAGGUUAAACUGCUUUGUGGAAGUGACAUGCUGGAAUCUUUUGGAGUCCCCAAUCUGUGGAAGUUGGAGGACAUCACUGAAAUUGUGGAAAAACACGGCCUUGUGUGUAUCAGUAGGGCUGGAAACAACGUUCAGAAAUUCAUCUAUGAAUCGGAUAUUUUGUGGAGACAUAAGAAUAACAUUCACCUCGUGGAAGAAUGGAUCACAAAUGAUAUUUCCUCCACCAAGAUCCGGAGAGCCCUGCGGAGGGGCCAGAGCAUUCGUUACCUGGUGCCUGACGUGGUGCGGGCGUACAUCGAGAAGAACAGGCUGUACAGUCCCGAGAGCGAGGACAGGAAUGCGGGGGUGGUCCUGGCUCCCUUACAGAAAUAUGCCAGUGACCCUAAGAGCUCACAGGCACUGAACAACUGACGUACUGUCUGCUGUGAAAAAAACUACAUUUCAGUACAGGAAAGUGUGUUUUCUAGGGGCUGGUUGGGUCUUUUUCUUAGGUAAAUAGUGGGCUAAUUCUGUACAUCUGUAGUUAGUAAUGAGGUUUGGUGCACUCAGUGAUAGAACCUGCACAAACUUUUUCAAGUCCAGUAAUAAGAUUUUCACAUUUUAAUGUUUUGUCCCAGUGCACUGAAGUGAGUAUAAGAAUUCACAUCGGUACAUGAAAAUUGCAAAUGUUUAAGCAAAACAAAUGAAAAUGUUCUGAUUAGUUUUAACUCAAAUUGCUCUGCUAUUUAUAAAACAGUAACACAAAUAUUUUUAAUAACUUACAGUGUCUUAACAAAGUUAUCUGAUUUCAAGAUAUACCAUUUACUUAGAGUGAAUCUAUGUAAUUUUUUUUUUUAAUUGUCAGCAUGUGGUUCACCUCAAAAAAAUCAUUUAGCUCUAUCCUGGAAGGGAAGAAUUUCCUCCUGGCUGAAGUGGUGCUAGGUAUAGCAUGCUUUGAGCUGCUUGCCUUUGAGAUACGCAGCUGCUUGUUUGCUGUCAUGCAGUUUGCUUCCAGAAAUGUCUUGUACUUUACUUUUCCGUUCAUGUUUCCAGGGCUGUGAUGUUAAGCUCAGUAUUGUUUCUGAUGGAAGGACAAACCUACCUCAGGAACUGGUUUAAAGCCAUUGAUUUAAUAGAUAGAAAUUAAUAAUAGUGUCAUUGCACUGAUUUUCAGACACUUGACCCUUUAUUACAAAUAAUACAUUUCUUUCAAAUAAUAAAGUUUAUUUUACUUUCGAGCCAUAAGUAGAAUAUAAUUACAUAUAGCCAGAAUUGUUUUCUGUUACUAGAGAGAAAAUGGUAGGAUAUCAAUACUGAUCAUAAGUGAAAUAUUUUUCUUUUCUAUAAAUCUGGUUUUGAAUCUGACAGUGUAUUGUCUAUAUUAUGUGAAUAUGAGCUAGAGAGGCACUGUGAUUGUUGUGGUGAUAGAAUUCUACCUCCUUUUAUUUGCUGCUAUCUCAUUUUUGUUUGUAUUAUGUGCCUUAUUGAGAAUGCCAAGGUUUGCAAGCCACUUCUCAUGAAUCAAUAACUCUUUAGAGGUCUUUGUGUGAGGUGUAGGUACUGAUUUACAGAAAGGACCACACCCCAGACUAUCUGCAUAAUUUAAAUUAAAAUGUUAUAUCUGGACUUUGGCACAG